AUGUCAAGCGAAAUUGUUGCCGCUGUGCUGAAACGGAUCGUAAAAAACAAAAACAUUGUUGCCCGGGUUGCGAAAAUUUCAACCCAUUCCGGAAUGUCGUCGGAAAACAAAUCCCCGUUGCUGGAGCGGGCGCGUAACAUAGUGCCUCAUCUCGACACGGACCGACACAAGGGACAGGCGGGCCGGAUUGGCAUCGUGGGCGGUUCGCUCGAGUACACCGGGGCACCGUACUUUGCAGCGAUAAGUGCACUGAAGGUGGGCGCGGAUCUGGUGCAUGUGUUCUGUCCGGAUGCAGCCGCACAGGUGAUCAAAUCGUACAGCCCGGAGCUGAUUGUGCAUCCGUUGCUUGAUUCAAACAACGCCAUCAUUCAGAUCGAACCGUGGUUAGAGCGGCUGCAUGUGCUCGUCAUCGGACCGGGGCUUGGGCGGAACCGACAGAUUAUGCAAACGGUAGCGGAGUUGAUCAAAAUCUGCCGCCAGCUACAGAAGCCGCUCAUCAUCGAUGCGGACGGGUUGUUUAUAAUCACGCAGGAUAUUAGCUUGGUGAAGGAUUACUACGGCGUGAUACUGACGCCGAACGCCAUCGAGUUUUGUCGGCUGUUUGGGAAGGAUCGGGAUCAAAUAAUGCUUUCGCUGGGCCGACUCGGUGCCGGUGUGACUGUGAUCGAAAAGGGCCUAAACGAUCGAAUCUACGAUUCGCUAUCGCAGGAGAAGUACGAAUGCCCACAGGGCGGUUCCGGACGCCGUUGUGGCGGUCAGGGCGAUUUGCUGGCCGGAUCGUUGGCCACCUUCUACUAUUGGGCGUUGGAGUCGAAGCAAGAAAUUAGCCCGGCUAUGGUAGCCUGCUUUGCGGCCAGUACACUCACGAAGACGUGCAACAAGUAUGCGUUUAAGCUGAAAGGACGCAGCAUGACUUGCACCGACAUGAUCGACCAGAUUCAUCCCGUGUUUGAUGAUCUGUUUGAGCACAAGAAGGAUUAG